AAAAGGGGGUUAGAAUAUUAGAUCCGGGAGAGCAACUACUAUUACCUACACCGGCCAUAUGUCAUGCUGUUGAGAUGACUAAACAGGCAGUAGGGUUUUACGUAGGCUAAUGACAUAUUACCUGAACGUACGUGUGUUAACAGAGAUGUCACGAUUGUUGUGAGUUUACACAGACAGUGAUAUCGUAACGUCCACAUGGGAGAGCUCUACCAAUGUGCUGUUCCUCCUUACAGGUGGCCUCAAGACCGACACAAUACAGGACACUUGGAACACAUACCGUGACAUGUACAAGCGGGUUGCUGUCUGCCUUCAAUGAACAACUGUAAUGGACAAAGGAUGAUCGGAUGCUGGCGCUCCUGAAACAACAGUUGUGGUUGUGUUAAUGUCCAGUGUGUGAAACUGAUCUUUGGUGUCCCCAGUCGUGAUAUUGCUGAAAUAAGACUUAUAACCACUCACUGCAUCAAUGGUCUAAAUGCUGAGCAGGAUGAACACGUCCACACUUCCCCCGACUAACAAUGAAACGGAUCCUCCGUGGAACGGGAACAGAACCCUGAAGGACGUCAAUGACGCUAUGGCCAUGACGUUGCUUCCAGUCAUGCUGUACAUUGGAGUGUUAAUGAUCGUUGGUUUCGUCGGCAACGUCAUGGUAGUCUACGUCUUCAUCUUCAAAUUCAGACGUGGAACACAAAACUUCCUUAUUACCUGUCUAGCAGUGUUUGAUCUGAUCAGCUGUGUGAUUGCAAUGCCUACAGAGAUUGUUGACGUCCGCUACUUCUACAUGUUUGACUCUGAAUUUGCAUGUAAAUUAUUAACCUUCGUGACGACCUUCUGUGCAAUGUGUUCUGUAUUUACAUUACUGGGUAUCGCAAUUGACCGAUACAUCAAAGUGUGCCGCCCGUUAACAAACCAGGUAAAGGUGAAGCAUGUGAGGAUCUGGAUUGUCAUUGUUGUGUUUGUUGCACUUGGAUUUUCAUGGCCUUCCUUGCUCAUCUAUGGAAUAAGAUCUGCGGAUACAGAUGAGCCUCAUAUUACAGGCAGGGACUGCUCAACAGCUGACCAAAUGAUUGGUACACAUUAUCCCCUGAUAUAUAACGUUGUGUUAGUGGCUGGUCUUCUCGUCACAACAACUGUGCUCUUAGUGUUAUAUGUGUUCAUACUUAAAGCCAUAAGGAUUCAUAGAAGCCAUAUGAAAGCACGUGCCUCUUUUGCAUCUGAUACGGUUGUUUCAACGAUAGAAAUGUCAAACAAAGGUAUUUCGGAACCACAGUAUAGACUCGAUAGUAAGAACAGCUUCAAGACAAGCGAGCGACGGAAUAAGACGACUGUAAUUGCAUUCUUGGUGACGAUUGUAUUUGUGUUGAGCUUUCUUCCGCAUCUUGCUCUAAUGUGCACCCGAGCCAUCAUAAAAGACUUUGACCAUGACUUAAGGGGAUCGUCUCUUGUUGCAUUCAAUAUAUUCAUUCGUUCCUACUUUGUCAACUCUGUAGCUAAUCCUAUAAUAUACGGCGUCCUGAACUACAAAUUCAGGGAAGAAUCAGUGUGGUUGUUCAGAACUGUUCUGUGCUGUAGACGACGUCGCGUACAAAUUACCCAAGAACCUUCAUUUACAUCGUUUUCUUGAUGAACGGAUUCUACCAUGAGCAUUGCAAUUUCCGACACUACUCUUUUUUGAGCACGAGAGGCGAUGUUUUUAAAUAGCGGGGCGGUAUUUAGCAGCUCCAACUGAAUAGACAGUUCAAAUGUGAAUUGAUUAUAAAAUUAUUCUUUUUCCCUGUUCUACAGUUUUGUUGCAAAUAAGUUUGUUGUUAAAUGUAUCGGUGUUCUUAACAUGUUUUCAGAUUGUACAUUCAGUCAAUACAUCAUUGUGUUUGUGUUGAAAAUAUUUCUCAGAUAA